UGGACCAGAAUAGGCUGUCGACCACGAACAUUUUUGGAGAGUUCCUAACGAUGGACCACAAGCCUGAUCAAGUGCCCGAGCGGAGACGGAUUGAGCGGUGUGGAGGAUCUGUCGAAUAUCUGCAUAACCACAACAAUAAGCCGUUCAUAAGAGGGGGGGAUUUUGCUGUCCGAAAGGCUAUGCAGGAACAGCCUAUGCAAUUGCAGUAUAGUCGGGCAUUUGGG